CACUCGCUCACCAUGCUCGGCCUGAAGGCAACGAUGAGCAUCAUCGACAACUCGGGUGCGCUCGUCGCCGAGUGCGUCAACGUCCUCAAGACGAAGACUGGCCACGGCAUGGCCCGCAUCGGUGACGAGAUCGUCGUUGUCGUCAAGCGCGCGCGGCCCAACCCGCUCAACGGCCCCGGCGCGAGCGCCUCGUCGUCGGCGCCCAAGGUCCGCCGCGGUGACGUGCGCCGCGCCGUCGUCGUGCGCACCAAGUACCCGACGCGCCGACCCGAUGGGCGGUACGUCCGCUUCGACGACAACGCGGCCGUCCUCGUCAACAACAAGAAGGAGAUGAUCGGGAACCGCAUUGGCGGCGUCGUCGCGGCAGAGCUGAGGAGUCGAGGCUGGGGCAAGAUCGUCAGCUUGGCGCCCAAGGUCGUCUGAGCAGCGGCGCUGAAGGUCUGAGCGGGCACGAGGGUCGAUGAGUGGUCGAGGAGGGGCCAGGAGGGGCACACGAGGACGCACAUUGUCUGUACCACCACUUGCACUUUCGACUUUUCCCUUCUAUCCUCUC